AAUGCAUGUUCGUUUUUUUGUUUAACAGAUUACUUUGUUGCUUAAAAUUAUAAGUACAAAAACGGGCUGCAAUAUAAAAUAAGGUUAACCACAGAAAUGCUUUCAUCUACUACGAUAUUAAAUCCUCAGAUAAUUUCACCUCUUGUUGAAGGUGGGCUUCAUGCUGCGAGGAGAUUAAACUCAGCAAGCAAAACAGCAAACAGGAAGACAAAAAAUGAAGAUACAAAAGUGUCAGUCGCAAAUCCACAGUCACAACUUCGAAUUCCAUUCCUGCCAAGUUAUCUUGAGCGUAUGAUGCCAUACACUUCCUUCCUAUCUGCACUGAGGGAAAUUCAGAUCAACCUUCCCAAACCCCAUAAUGCUAGCAAGAUUUCCCGUAUAAUUCAUGCCAACUUAACCCACAGCUCUACUAUGCCAUGGAGAACACAACAUGUUCGAACUUUCAAAACCAAACGAACAGUAAUGGAAGAUGAAAUGUCAGAACAAAAAUCCUCACAGAAAAGUGGCAAAACAACCGUUGACAAAUCAGCAAUUGAUGACAAUAUUCAAAGUAUGUUGAAAACUUAUGAUCUACCAACAAGGACUUCUACAUUAUUAAGACUUGGGGUGGAAGAAGGAAUACAGUUGGCUAAAGCUAAUGAGGGAAAAAAAUCCGGCUUCAAUUUUAAAGCUGACCCACUGUCGUUUUUGCUGGUAUUCAUUUUUGUGAUUCUUGCUUUUCGUCUUUAUAAAACUGUGCCAGGCCGAGAAUUUUUCCGGACUGCUGAUGAAAGCGGGAUCAUCACGGAUGUUCGGUUCGAGGAUGUUUGUGGGAUGGAUGAAGCGAAGAAUGAACUCGAGGACGUUGUCGAUUAUUUACGAGAUCCUGAUAAGUUUACGCAACUUGGGGCAAAACUUCCAAAAGGUAUUCUGUUGAUUGGACCACCAGGUACAGGGAAGACAUUGCUGGCAAAGGCAGUAGCAGGGGAGUCUGGGGUUCCUUUCUUUUACACAGCUGGUUCUGAAUUUGAUGAAAUGUUCGUUGGGAUUGGCGCUUCGCGUAUUCGCAAGUUAUUUGAAAACGCUCGUAAACAAGCCCCUUCCAUUAUUUUCAUCGAUGAAAUUGAUGCUUGUGGCAGCAAGCGAACAAAUUCAUCUCUGCAACCCUACGCACGACAAACCAUCAACCAAUUACUGCAGGAAAUGGACGGGUUCACGAAAAAAGAACCAGUGAUAGUCCUUGGGGCAACCAAUACUGGUGAAGUCUUGGACAAAGCCUUGACCAGACCCGGGAGGUUUGACACCCAAGUACAAGUGUUGUUACCUGAUAUACAAGGAAGAAAAGAUAUAUUUAAUCUCUAUAUUGGAAAGCUAGAUAUUAACAUAGACAACCAGUUAAACCUUGACAAACUGGCAGCACUGACCAUUGGAAUGACAGGUGCUGACAUAAGUAACAUCGUCAACCAAGCUGCACUUCGUGCUGCUAAGUUAAACAAGCAACGUGUGGACCAAGAUGACCUGGAAUAUGCACUCGAUAAAGCUAAGAUGGGUCCGGAGUUAAAAAGUCGAAUCCGAUCAGAAUCAGAGUUACGCAACACUGCCCACCAUGAAGCUGGUCAUGCCCUUGUAGCUUACUAUACACCAGCUGCACACACAAUAUAUAAAGCAACUAUACGACAACGUGGGCCUGCUCUUGGCCAUGUUUCUUUAAUACCUGAGAAGGAAAGCGAACAAAGUUUGUCAAAAGCUCAAAUCAUAUCAAUGAUGGAUGUUUCUAUGGGGGGCAGAGUAGCGGAAGAAUUAUUGCUUGGCAAGGAGCAUGUGAGCACUGGCGCAUCUUCGGAUAUCAACAAUGCAACAGAGUCAGCGUAUAAACUCGUUUGUAUGUACGGAAUGUCAGAAAAGCUUGGCCUUAUGACGUAUGACAUGCAACAUUUAAGUCAGGAAACGAAGAGAGCUGUUGAAAUUGAAGUGAAAAAAUUACUAGAAAAAUCUUACGAAAAAGCGAAAGAAAUGAUUGUCUCGAAAUCUUACGAACACAAGCUGCUUGCCGAGGCAUUGUUAAGAUACGAAACAUUAACGAUGGAUGAAAUCAAAAUUCUGCUCGAUUCCAAAGACAUUAAUUCCAUUGAAAAUAUGCGCCUGCAUACCCAGCAACAAAAAAUUUUGCAAAAAAGUGAAUUAGAAAAAUUAAAAGACGCCUUAGCACCAGGCCUGCUGUGCUAAUGUUUUGUUCAACUGUCUCAGCAACAAGGUAGACCGUUUUAUUCAAACUGAAUUUCAGCCACUUUGUUUAUAACUGCAAUUUAAGUAGUCUUGCGUGUGUAAAUACAAUCUUAUUAUUUCGUUUUCUUUUUGAGGGAAAUUUGAAUCUGUAAAUUCUUCAUUUGCAAAACUGCGUUCAUUUUCAUUGGCAAAAAAUAAUCUUUAUAAUAUUGAUAUUUCGAAAUCUUCUUGUUUGCUUUGUGGUUAAGAUUUUACUCGCCGAUUCCGCUAUGUAAUAAAACAAUGAAUGAAUUCCGUUA